AACAAGGUGAUUUUUUUAUGCAUGCAAGAUGAAGAUCAACAUGACCCGCCUUCUACGCAAUAAAAAGAAAACGAAACUGAAUGCCACUGAAAGAAGCAUUGCCGUGAAAACGUAAAUCGCCUUAGCUUGAGUGUCAUCUAGCAGAGUUCAUCAUGGGUGCGGAACAAUAUCAAUCUCAGAUUAAAAUUAUUUGUGUGCUUUGCGAGAAAUCGGACGAAGAUAUAAUCACCGGUCCUCUUUCAUCCAAAGAGAACACGUCCGCACAUGAGAACUGUUUGUUGUUUGCAUCAGGGAUCAUCUGCAAGACUUCACCCACCUAUGACGACCUGUUUGGAUUUGCUGUGGAAGAUGUAAAAGAAGAGCAGCGGAGAGGAAAAAGACUACUUUGCCACCACUGUAAAAAAUACGGUGCUACAGCGGGAUGUGAUUUAAAGCGUUGUAAGCGCUCAUACCAUUAUCCCUGCGCCAUAGAGGACGGUGCCACAACCGAUGAAGACCUUGAAAAAGGCAGUUUUAAGCUGUUCUGUGAAUUGCAUGAUCCAAAAUCGAAAAAAACAAGAUCGCCAGACAGUCGAAGGCCUGACAUGAAAAGGCCUGACAGGAGAGAUUCUAAUUCAUCUACAGGGUCAUCAGAAAAAAGUGUGUCCAAAAAGAUGAAGAGGAAUUCACCUAUUCUCAUAGAUUCUGAUGAUGAUAUUGGAGACACUGUGGUCCCCAUGUUUGCUCCAGAAGAGUUAUAUAUAGAGGACAGUAAAUCUCCAAAUCAGUACAAUCAGUUCAAUCCUGAUCCUGAAAUUAAAAGGCCCUAUGCAAGGCCCAGUCCAUUAACCUCAGGUUCAUCAAAAGGGGGCUUAACGUCUGAUCAGAAGGCUUGUGGAUCAGCAGGCAGUUCAAGAGAAUUUCAGAGUGCAUAUGAUUCACUGGUACGAUCGGCAGAAGUGGAAACACCCAGAAGGAAAAAAAAUAAACGCAUUAUAGACUCAGAUGAUGAAAGUCCCAGCAGCACUGAGCGUGUAGUUGCUCCAGCUGUGUCAGCUACAGAGGAGCCUGUGCUUCCAAAACAGCCCAGUCAUUCCACUCCUGUGCCUGAAAAAACAAGGCCGUGUGUAAAACAAAAUCCAUCAACCACAGAAGCUGAUGAUGAUGACACAGACGUUGAAACAGUGAGUCUGUCUGUACACAACACAUGUACUUACUGA